CGCGGGUGCGGGGCUGCGCGGGCGGCGGCAGCGGCAGGGUUUGGCUGGGCUGGCCGAGCAUCCUCCAACUUGGAACUGUCCACCGGCGCGAGCUCCUGAACAUGAGCCUCCUGCCUCUCUACCUGCUCGGAUUGCUCCUCAGUGGCGGGCAAGCUUUACUUCAAGUUACAAUUUCACUUAGCAAAGUUGAGCUCAGUGUGGGUGAAUCCAAAUUCUUCACGUGCACAGCCAUUGGUGAGCCUGACAGCAUAGAUUGGUACAAUCCCCAAGGAGAGAAGAUUGUUUCUAGUCAGAGAGUGGUUGUUCAGAAAGAAGGAGUUCGAUCACGUCUGACCAUUUACAAUGCAAACAUAGAAGAUGCUGGGAUAUAUCGGUGUCAAGCAACAGAUGCUAAAGGACAAACUCAAGAAGCUACUGUAGUUUUGGAAAUUUAUCAAAAGCUCACUUUUCGAGACAUAGUGUCUCCACAGGAGUUCAGGCAGGGAGAAGAUGCAGAAGUUGUUUGCCGUGUUACCAGUUCACCUGCUCCCGUUGUCAGCUGGUUGUAUCGGAACAAGGAAGUCACAACUAUUGCUGACAAUCGAUUUGCAGUAUUAGCAAACAAUAAUCUCCAAAUUCUUAAAAUCAAUAAAAGUGAUGAAGGAGUAUACAGAUGUGAAGGAAGAGUGGAAGCAAGAGGAGAAAUUGACUUUCGGGACAUAAUUGUUAUUGUGAAUGUUCCCCCUGCAAUUAUUCUGCUUCAGAAAUCCUUCAAUGCCACUGCAGACCGAGGAGAGGCAAUAACUUUGUUCUGCAGAGCCACUGGAUCACCUCCACCUGAAAUCAGUUGGUACAGGAAUGGCAAACUUAUUGAAGCAAAUGAAAAAUAUGUGCUGAGAGGAAGCAAUUCAGAACUAACCAUAAGAGAUAUUAAAAAUAUCGAUGCGGGUCCUUAUAUCUGCAAUGCUAAAAAUAAAGCAGGAAAUGACAAAAAACAGACAUUCCUUCAAGUUUUUGUGCAGCCUCAAAUAAUACAACUUAAAAAUGAAACCACCUUUGAGAAUGGGAAAGCAACCCUCAUCUGUGAAGCAGAAGGAGAACCUGUCCCAGAGAUUACUUGGAAAAGGGCCUCUGAUGGAAUGACUUUCUCUGAAGGCGAUAAGAGCCCAGAUGGCCGUAUAGAAGUCAAAGGGCAGCAUGGAAAAUCGUCACUGCAUAUUAAAGAUGUGAAGUUGUCAGAUUCAGGGAGAUAUGACUGUGAAGCUGCAAGUAGAAUUGGUGGGCACCAAAAGAGCAUGUACCUUGAUAUUGAAUAUGCUCCAACGUUUGUGUCAAAUCAAACCAUGUAUUACUCUUGGGAAGGCAAUCCUAUCAAUAUAAGUUGUGAAGUGCUGGCAAAUCCCUCUGCCUCAGUUCAGUGGAGAAGAGGAAAAUUAGUUUUACCCAUAAAAAAUACAACACAUCUGAAGACCUACAGUACAGGAAGAAAGCUGAUUCUAGAGAUUGCUCCCACCUCUGACAGUGAUUUUGGACGGUAUAAUUGUACAGCCACAAACAGAAUAGGAACAAGAUAUCAGGAAUAUACACUUGGUCAAGCUGAUGUGCCAUCAAAUCCGUAUGGAGUACGAGUUUUAGAGCUGUCCCAAACCACUGCCAAGGUUUCAUUCCAUAAGCCAGAGUCACAUGGAGGUGUUCCCAUUCACCACUACCAAGUGGAUGUAAAAGAGGUGGCCUCAGAAACCUGGAAAAUAGUUCGCUCCCAUGGAGUUCAAACAAUGGUUGUUCUCAGCAACUUGGAACCAAAUACGACAUAUGAAAUCAAAGUAGCAGCUGUAAAUGGAAAGGGUCAAGGAGAGUAUAGCAAAAUUGAGAUCUUUCAGACCUUACCUGUCCGGGAGCCAAGUCCCCCUUCAAUUCAUGGACAACCUGAAAGUGGCAAGAGUUUUAAACUUAGCAUAACUAAACAAGAUGAUGGAGGUGCCCCCAUACUGGAAUAUAUUGUCAAAUACAGAAGUAAAGACAAGGAAGACCAGUGGCUAGAGAAAAAAGUGCAGGGUAGUAGAGACCACAUCAUCUUAGAGCACCUUCAAUGGACCAUGGGUUAUGAAGUACAAAUUACAGCUGCCAACAGACUGGGUUAUUCUGAACCAACAUUGUAUGAAUUCAGCAUGCCACCAAAGCCCAACAUUAUUACAGACACUCUUUUUAAUGGUCUUGGACUCGGUGCUGUCAUUGGCCUGGGAGUGGCAGCCCUUUUAUUAAUCCUGGUUGUGACUGAUGUAAGCUGCUUCUUUGUACGACAAUGUGGAUUGCUAAUGUGCAUCACCAGGAGGAUCUGUGGGAAGAAGAGUGGUUCAAGUGGAAAAAGUAAAGAAUUGGAAGAAGGAAAGGCUGCUUACUUGAAAGAUGGAUCAAAAGAGCCAAUAGUGGAAAUGAGAACAGAGGAUGAAAGAAUUACCAAUCAUGAAGAUGGGAGUCCAGUAAAUGAGCCAAAUGAGACAACUCCCCUCACAGAACCAGAGAAACUGCCACUAAAGGAGGAAAAUGGCAAAGAAGCUUUAAAUCCAGAAACCAUAGAAAUCAAAGUUGCUAAUGAUAUCAUCCAGUCAAAAGAAGAUGAUAGCAAAGCAUAAUAAGAUAAACUACAGCUGUCUGGAUAAUGCAUUUGGAUUGAAGUAAUCCCGUGACCAAAACUUUACAGCUGACCUUAAUUUCUUGGGAAACUUAAGCUUGGAAUAGUUAGUACGUGUGUACAUAUGAUGAAACAGUUCCUGUCUACAGUUUCUUUCUAUUUUUUUGUUAAUGGUUUUAGUAUGUAGUUUUGCUGACACCAAGUCCCAUGGUAUAAAUUUGACAAAUCUGCAGAAUAAGAACUGUAAUUUAUUUUGUGAAAAAUUAUGCCUAUUUAGAAGAAAAGUUGCAGAGCACCCCUAGCCACAAACAGCAUAUCAGGUCUCUCCAGAUCUUACAGUGCAAGCUACAUACAUAAAGUGCCAUAUGCUACUGUAUUUAUUUCCAUUUAUAAUAAAACAAAAGUUUAGGUUGUCUUUAAAAAAAAAAAAAAGAAAAACAGUUUCAGUAUAACCUUUAAGACCUUAGCACUGGCAGAUACUCAGUAGUCAUUCCAGCUGUGAUUAUCACUUGAAGUAAACAAAAACCACUCUUCAACACAAAGGCAAGUCCACCUGCAGUUUCACCUGGGUUCUACAGUAAAAUGAAAAGCUGAUAACCAUGAUGGUAUAUAUGGAUUUAAAUAAAAUUGGUAACUGUUUUGUAAUGAUAUAUUGGCCUCAUCCUAACUACAUGAGUGUGACUCUGAAAGGCUCCAGGAUUGGAUUUUCAGUGCUUCAGGUUUUCUAUAUUAAAGUUUUGGAGGUCACUUGUGAACUAAAAUGCAGCAAAGGUGUGGAAAGAAAACUCGUUUUUAAUCGUAAUCUUGUCUUCAAAUGAAAAGUUACAAUAUUCUUCCCACCAUAUUUAUACAUAUAGAAUAUUCAUUUUGCUCUUAGUUCAAACCAUUUAGUUGGGGGAUGAAACUGUGUUUUAGUGAAAUAGAUACAUUUUCUCCCCAAAUCAGUGCAUCAAACGUUAAAGUUAGCUUUAUUGAAACAGCAGUUGUUCCUUUGUGAUUUCCUUUGUGAUACUCUUUGUCUUAACAAAUAAGAUGUAAGAACAGAUGGAAAGGCAGACUUUGCCUUAACAGUUAGGAACAGUAUUAAAUUAUUAACUUAAUGCAGUCUUAUAUUCAACCAAAUUCAUUUUUUUCCCUGUUAAGCUUUCCUUAAGAUAUUCCUUUUUAUUAUUCUGGUCAACAUGCCCCACUUGGAAAUUUGACAGAUUUAUUUGAUGCAAAAAUCAUUCAUAUUUAGUAUCAUUGAUUAAUCACUAAUUGGAACAAUAUAGUUUGUUUCCAUUGCAACAUAGUGUAUCCACACCUACCAAACUCUUCAAAGUCUUGCUUUGGAAGAAGUAGAUAAACCAUAUAGAAAACUAGAUUGAAAAGUUUUACUUGACAGGAGUAAAUGGUAGAGUACUUUGUGGAUUUUCCACAUGUAAGUCAUGCCUGAGGUUUAAGUGUAGCUUUGCUCAGCAAAUUGUUUUGUGUCCAUGCUAUAUCUGAAUUCUGCUCAUAUUUGAAGUUCUUACACUUGUUGUCUUUUGUGCAGUAAAACUGAAAGUGAAUUUUAAAAGGAUGUCCUUAAACUUGAGGAAAAUGUCACAAUACCCUUCUUGUUAACCCAAGCUUAAGUGCAUUUGAAAGAGCUAAGGAGGAUAUAUUUAAUUAUUAGAGCUGUCUUAUUUUUCAAAACCAGGUUAUUUUAUGGGGUUUUUUUACAACUUUUCCUCACUUUGGGAAAUACGUGCGAUGACCGAAGUAGUUGAGGACAGAGGCAUGCCACUGGUGUGGUUAGGACGAGAAGUCAAGCUCUUACAAAACUAGUACCAAAGUGAAAAGAAUGGGUAAGAGGGGAUAGUAGUGUGGGAUGAAAAUCAUGAAAGAUGAUAAUUCAAAAUUGCUGAAAGGAAGUUUCUCUUAAUGCUAAGGCACUAAUUCUGGGUGAAGAAAAGAUGAAGACAUUCCUUUAUGACCUCUCACUGUUGUUCCCACAUCCUGAGCAGGCAGUACCACCAAAGAGCUGCUUGUCUGUCAGAUUUCUGUUCUGUUCCUUUUUGAGUACACAGUGAGCUCAACUGCCCCCUAACCUAUAAUUAAGAGAACCAGUUGUCUUAUUUAUAUAUAUGAAUAUAUAUUCUUUGUACAAAGUAUGUAUUUGCUCUAUCAAAAUGCAAGGAAGGGACCUGGGCAAUUCCAGCAGUUGAGAACAAUGCGGUUGGUGUGGCUGAACAUCCUCUCACACAAUACUUUUUCCAGGGUGAGGAUGAAGGUAGGAGACAUCCUUGAUCUUCUACCUGCUAUCACAAAGUAAGGUGGUGCCAUGCAUAUCCACAUAAGUCAAUCCUCCCCAGGCAAAUGGUGCUUUUCCUGAAGCCAGCCUCAGCAGUUGCACAAGAAGCUGCCUAUACCAUGUGGGCAGAAGUAGCACUGUCCAGGCUCAACUGCAGAUGCAUUUCAAAUUUUAGUACUUCUUUAGUUGGACUUAUGCACACACACAAAAAAAAUCAUGGACGAUAUUGGUGGGGAGUUUUUUCCUCUUUCUUUUUUCCCCUAAUAUGGCCUCUAAUUCCAAUAUAAAGGAAUUAGAAGAUUUACGAGAUCUUGUCAGCACAUUAUUACUAAUAUGCCUGUGCUACUCUUCACAAGCAAAAUAUUCCACAAAAUUAUUUCAAUAUUCAAAGUAAAAGCAUUUCCCAUUAUAUUAGUUUACAAACCAAAAUCUGUUUCCAGGAGUAUUUAAUUUCUUCUUGCUGUUAUGCCUCUUGCCAGCUGGGCUAUAUGAGGGCUGAGAAUAAAACAGUUCUAUUUCCUGAUGGACUGUCCAAGCAUACCUUUUUGGUCUGUGGAUUAAUAGGUAAUCUCUUGUGCUUUGACUCUGUGCUGUGCAGGAGAAAGCCAAACUCUAUGAAAGAAUGCGGAAAAACACUGAUAUUUGCAAAUAUUUCCAAAUGAGGGACAGCUCAUAGUAAUUUGUAAGAUAUGUGUAGAACUGGAAUAACAACAUUUGUUUAUUUCCUUUUCCUAUUCUAGACUAAAAAAAAAAAAACCAACAAACAGAUAUCUGUAUAAAUGUCACUUUUACUGUCUAAAAGUAAUUUUAAGUGUUAGUAUGAAAUGUCAGAAGAGUUGACAAAAUAUAACUAUUUGUAAAAGUAAUCUGAAUUGUUACACUAACAUACUCCAGGGACGAGGGUGGGAGGGAGCCAUUGAAAUUAUUACUGAUAUGAAAUGUGGCAGUGACAAUCUCUUUUCAACAAAAAAAGUAAGGAGUACAAUUAAGUAAAAUUACUUAGAACUCCUUGUUAUAAUUUUUUUAGUAGACCUCUGUUCUGAUUUACCACAAUAGUAACAAAGUUUUAAUUAAUAGUUUACAAUUUAGUAUAUGAAUGUACCCUGGAGAGGUUUUUCUUGGUUUUGUUCGUUUAUUUGGGGUUUUUGACUUCUAAGUUUUUUUUGUGGUUUUAAAAAUAUUUACUAUUCUGGUGAUGCUAAUGCCUAAUGUGACAAAGAUUAAUUUAUUUAGGCCUCAGUCUUGCAAGAAAUUUUAUAUGGCCGAACCCACCCCACAUAUGGCACUUCACUGACACCAGUGGGGUGGAUGUGAGCAGGAAGAUGGAUGUACUUUCAUAGGAGAACUUGCAGGACUGGGCCUACUUUCUAUCUCUUCAUAGAUAUUUACAACGUAUUUACACAGUGACCGUCAUCUACAAAGGCUGUUUGACAACAGUUCCUGGUAUAGUAAAUUCCACCUGCUGUCUUCAGCCUCUGCAUUGAUGUUCAUCCAAAAAAAAAAGUGGCUUUCUUUUUUAUGAUGGUAAUUACUUUUAUUAUUUAUUUAAGUGCCAAUCAUCAAACUGUAGUAUAAUCAUCAUGCCAUUUUUUUUUCUGUUUCCUAGACCAGAUAAUGGAAAUGUAUUUGUGCCUUUUGAUAGCAUGCCACUCUGCUUUAUUAAAGAAAAAUCUUCAAUAAUUUGUCUACAAAGCCUGUUUAAAAUAAUUGAAAGCUUUACCGUGACAUUAAACUGGAGAUACUAUUGUGAAGUCACGUAAAUACUUUAAACACAAAUUUUUCAAAAAAUCAAUUGAGAUCACAAUUCCACGGAGGGUCAUAGUGGGUGUAUUACUGCUGAAAACUUUCAAGUAGAUGGAGCACAUGGUGGAUGUGCGGGGGUGUUUUGACCAAUUUAUCAAGUUGAAGAGUCAGACAGAAAGUCUCCUUAGUUCUAUUUAAGUGCUUAGACCUAAAAUAUUAAAAUCUUUUCUCAAAUUUGAAAGAUGAUGUGGAGCAUCUUCCCACCAUUUUUACCCCUGGAGAAAAACUGGAGUGAACAUUUGUUUCGCAGUCAUUUGCAGCCUCACCAUCACUGGGUAAGCUGUCACAGGAAGUAACAUUUUGGUAGCGUAGUUGUGUCUGAUGAAUGAUAAUCACUCCUGAUUAAAGAACCUCCAUAAAGGCCUUUUACUGGAAAAGCUCAAGACCCCUGUUAUGAAUUGACCUAUGGAGGGGUGCUGAGGGUGCUGCAGGAAGGGCCACACUGUAAUCCAGGUGUCGUUGGGCUGUAAGACACAAAAUGACUUCAGCAGAGCCUGAAUUUCAUCCAUCCAUCCACCUCAGCGAGGCUCUGCAUGUCCUCAGCUGAUCAAGUUGCUUCUAGGUAUAAGUGGAACUUAAAUGUCCCACCAGGCUCCUGCUAACAUUUUGCACAGAGGGGGGUUUUUCUAUCAGGUGUUUGUACUGAUCAGGAAAUAGUGAUAGAAUAUCUGAUGACAGUUUUUUCCAUACUUUACCAUAUGUCCAGAAAGAAAACAUCUCUUUAAAUAAUUCAUUGUGAUUGUGACACUUCUUCAGGUGAGGAUGAAAACAUUCUUAAAACAUAUCUUUGUUUAGCUUCAGAUAAUUGUUUUGACCAAUGAAAAUCUACCAUGGCUAAAUAAAUCUUUUUUAAAAAGGAUCCACCCCCUUUUUUCAGAUUUUUUCAUAUCAGUUCCUGAAGUAGCCUGUCCACUUGACAGCAGUUCUUUAGUAGUGGGGGGAAACCACUCACUAUGUUUUAAGUGAUCUUAAGUGAUAAGUUUUAAGUAUUUCCACUGCACAUAUAGAUGUGUUCUUAUAUCAAUUUAUUUGAACCUGAGCCAAAAAGAAGCCUUACAAAUUUGGCCUUGGAUCAGGUUCUGAGAAAUCACAGUUUAGCAGUCUAUCUUUUCUCUUAACAGGCUUUGAGAGCCUCAUGAUGUUUGACUUUCAAACUUGAAUAUUGGCCAUUUUUAGCCCAGAGAAAUGAGAUAAAUAUUUAUUGCCAAAUUUGUAUUGGCAGCUUUUAAGUCACAGGUGAGAUCGGGUGCGGGUGGGAUGACCAGAUGCAGUGCCAGCAGAGUUCAGGAAAGCAACUUCCAGAGAGAACGGGUGCCAAAGAAUGAGCCAAGAGAGGGCUUCAAUUCGUUAGCAUUGACAGGGGAAAUGGGGAGCUACUGAAGCAGGAGAGGCUGCUGAAGGGCAUUGCCAAAAGGCAAAGCACUGUGAGCUGUGAAAACCAGUGAAGAGGGAACAUUAACCGUGCUGUAUCCUUUAGCUCUACCAUGUAAUUAGGCUGCAUUUUUUAAAACCUAAAAUGCAGGGUUGGAGGAAGGGAAAACAAACCCUCAGAGUCUCUAUAGAGCAGUGACGAAUACACAAAGCAGUCAAACCCCCCCAGAAGAUAAUUUUGUUGCUCAUGAUGUAGAGUUCUCACUACGAAUUUUGAACUACUUAGACAAGGUUUU